AUGGCUUCUACAACAAUGGCGAAAAUCAACGAAGACCAUGUUCGCAAAGCAGUUAACGCUCUUCUCAAAUGGAAAAAACUUCAAUCCAAGAAAACCCAUGAACCCCAAAACCUCAAUUCACUAACAGAUGAAGCAGAAGAUGAAGAAGAAGUAGAUGAUAAUUUCAUCUACCUUCAAUUAACUCUCAAGAAAAUCCCACCAAAAGAACUCAAAACCCCUCACAAAAUCAUCCUCCCAAACCCCCUUUUCAACCCACUUGAAUCCUUCGCUAAUAUUUGUCUCAUCAUUGACGACAGACCCAGAAAACCCCACAACUCAAAAACCAAACUUGAUGUUGAAACAGUGCAGAAAAAGCUUAAAUCUGAAGGAAUUCCAAUUACGAAAGUUUUUAAGUUUACCAAGUUGAAGUCUGAGUACAAAUCUUUUGAUUCGAAGCAGGAUUUGUACGGUUUGUAUCAACUGUUUUUGGCUGAUAAAAGAGUGAUUAAUUUGCUUCCGGGUUUAUUAGGGAAGCAAUUUUACAAGAAGAAGAGGAAAGUACCUGUGCCAGUUGAUUUAAGGGGGAAUAGUAAUUGGAAGGAGGAGAUAGAAAGAGCGUGUUCGGCGACUUUGUUGUGUUUAGGGAGUGGAACAUGCAGUGUUUUGAAGAUUGGGAGGGGAGGGAUGGAGAAUGGUGAAGUUAUGGAGAAUGUUUUAGCUGCCAUUGAUGGAAUUAUUGAGUUUGUUCCUAAGAAAUUGAAUGGUGUUAGAGCUUUUCAUUUGAAGUUUAGUGAUUCAUUGGCAUUGCCUGUUUAUGAGGCUUUGCCUAAUCCAACAGAAAACACUGAGAAGAAAAAGAAGUAG